AGGGAAGGUCGGGUCUCCGGAAGCUUUUUUGCCCGGUUCCAAGAUGGCGUUCAUGACCACGCUGAGAAUGCAACGUGAAGCCGCAGUUCUGCCAUCACUCAAGAUGGCUGCCCCCACCAAGAUGACCGGGGUGUGCCGGGGGGAUAGGGGCAGCAGGAUGGUCUGAGACGGUCUAGCGUUGGACCAUGUGGAAGUUUCUGGGACUGGGGAACCGGAUGAUGGGGGGUGGCGCCCGUGGUGGGUAGAGAGAGGAAUAGCGUCUUUUCCCAGGCUAACCCCGGCCCCUCCCCGUCCUCUGGACUGAAAUGGGGAACACGCUGGGCCUGGCACCGACGGGGGCUUUGCCGCGCCGGAGUCCCCGUCGAGAGGAACCUCUGCCCAACCCCGGGAGCUUCGAUGAAUUGCACCGGCUAUGCAAAGAUGUGUUCCCAGCACAGAUGGAGGGAGUGAAGCUGGUCGUCAACAAGGUUCUGAGCAGCCAUUUCCAGGUGGCCCACACUGUGCACAUGAGUGCCCUGGGGCUGCCCGGCUAUCACCUCCACGCGGCCUAUGCAGGGGACUGGCACCUUAGCCCCACUGAGGUGUUCCCGACGGUGGUAGGGGAUUUGGACAGCAGUGGCAGCCUCAACGCCCAGGUCCUGCUCCUCUUGGCAGAGCGGCUCCGAGCCAAGGCUGUCUUUCAGACACAGCAGUCCAAGUUCCUGACGUGGCAGUUUGAUGGCGAGUAUCGGGGAGACGACUACACAGCCACUCUGACCCUAGGAAAUCCUGACCUGAUCGGGGAGUCAGUGAUCAUGGUCGCUCACUUCCUGCAGAGCCUCACUCAUCGGCUGGUGUUGGGAGGAGAGUUAGUGUACCAUCGGCGGCCAGGCGAAGAGGGGGCCAUCCUGACCCUGGCUGGGAAGUACUCGGCUGUACACUGGGUCGCCACGUUGAAUGUGGGAUCGGGCGGGGCCCAUGCAAGUUAUUACCACAGGGCAAAUGAACAGGUUCAGGUUGGAGUGGAGCUUGAGGCAAACACAAGGCUACAAGACACAACCUUCUCCUUCGGUUACCACCUGACUCUGCCCCAGGCCAACAUGGUGUUUAGAGGCUUGGUGGACAGUAACUGGUGUGUGGGUGCUGUGCUGGAGAAGAAGAUGCCCCCUUUGCCUGUCACCCUGGCCCUCGGAGCCUUCCUCAAUCACUGGCGCAACAGAUCCCACUGUGGCUUCAGUGUCACUGUAGGAUGAGGUUGUCCCAGAGCCCCCAGCAGCUGCAGCCGCUGAGUCAGGUGUCCCAGGGCCAGAGACUAGGCCCCUCCCCAGAGCCCACCUUGCUGGGUGACCUCUGGGUCCCGGAGCAGAGUGGGACAUAGGCUGUGCCCUCCCCGGAGCUGGAGCUGCCACAGGGGAGCUGAUGAGGCAGUGGUUGGAGGCUCCCCCUCUGCUGCCAGCCCAGCGUCAUCUUCCCGUGCUUGGGGCUCUGGACAAGGGAGAGGGGCUGAGGGGUCCAUCCGGCUGAGCUGUCUCCCCUCACUCUCCCCUGUCUCCAUUUCUCUGUGGAUUAAGCUCCUCGCCUCUUCCUCUUCCGAGCAGAAAAGUCUGCAUGGGCUAGAUGGGCUAGCUCCCCAUCCUGUUUUCCAUCCAGAGCCUUCAAAGGCUGGGAAGGAAUUUUGACCUCAGAAAGUGGGGCCACCCCUUCCAGAAGGGGCGUCCUCCUUCUCCAGACCCUGUGUUUCUGGAGCACAGUUUUAUCCCCACAGUCACUCCACCCCCGUCCCCUAUGACUGCAUGGACAGGCAGUUAUUGCUUUAGUCUUUCAUUGCACCCAUGGGCUCCCUUUCUGCAGUGCCGGCCUCUGGCCCAGCAGCUGCCCUUUGCAGUCCAGUGUGUCCAGGUGGCGGGGCCUCAGCUGCAGACCUCCUGGAGCAGAGGCAUCAUGGCGGACAGCCCCUGCACGUGCUGGAGCUGGUGUCCAUACGCACUAUUAAUGCUUCGGAGCUCAGCCAGCAGGCCCAGCAGCUUCGCGUACAGAAACCUUGGGAGGAGGAGGUGGCGUGGUCACCACACGGUCACCAGGGAAAGCGGAGGGAAAUAAGGCCGCUGAGAGUCCCGUCCUGAGGCCCCGAGCCCCUGAAAUGCCUCAGUGAAGCUAGGUCUGAACUCUAGAGAAAAUGAUGUUCCACUGUGACAGGUUUGUCAGAGGUCCCAAAGGUCCCCAAGGGGCCUCUGUCUGACACUGUCUUCUCUCCCCGUGCUGUUUAUCUUGAACCCAGAGCUCCGAGGGCCUCGUGUGAAGAAAGCCCAGACUUGGCCAGAACUUCAACUGUGUGGAACGUGAGGGUCUGGUCUAGAGCAAGUUCUAGAAGGUGGACGUGUUCUGUGUGUAAAGUGCCCUCUUCAGGCCAGACUGGCCCGUUGAGGCACGAACGAGAGCACAUGCGGACCACACCUCAGAGCCUGGAGAGGUCAUGGACUGUUGACCUAGGGACCGGCUGUGCCCAUGGAGCUGUGAAUGAUGUCACGUCAAGGGGAGUGAGACAUGGAAGGAACUGGCUCGGUGGAGAUGGAGAAGUGGGGAAGGCCCAGGAGAGAGUAAGCGAGACCCUGGGAAGGGCCUUUCAGUGGAGAAGGUGGGUGGGUGAGGGACAGUGUCAUCACUCAGGAAUGCUGCCAUUUGCGUCUCAACUGAAUAAAAACAUCUGGGAAAAGUGAGAUGAAACAGCAGUGGGAGCAAUCAGGGUGCUGGGCUGGAUGAGAACGGAGGGAAGGACUGCACCCCAGGGCCCUGUGUUCCCAAAGGGAAGGACAGCAGGAGCCUU